AUGCGGCGCGCCAUAAUCCAGAACCUGCGCACCUUCCGCCGCCCUACACCUCGCAAAGCACUCAAGUCCCUCCGCAUCAGCUCGCAGAAUGCCGCCUUCCAACGGUCGAUAGCCUCGCAACCACAGCAGCCCAUGCGUUGGGGACGACGGAUAUCAGUCCCUGCAGCGCUAGGUGUCGGGGCUGCUGGGUGCUAUUACGCAUAUCAGCAGAGCGGAGCACAGUCAGCAGUCGGAACAGAUGCAAACGGAGUGCAAAGCAGAGGCGCGGCAACGGCGACGGCACAAGCAUCUGUACAGCACUCGCCGAUAGGAGUCCACAGUGCCGAGGUGCCAGAGGCCGUGCGGAAGGCUUUGAUCGUUGAGCAGGGUCAGCUAUUUACUGCUUCUAUACCAGCAGACCAGCCGAUCAGCAAGGAGACGGACAACUCUGGUCGAAAAGUGCUGGAGAUGCUGACGCCCGAGCAAGCGAACGCAAAGCUGCGCACCAACGAAGAGAGCUACCUCGUCGGUAGAGGAGAGGGUGUGGUCCGAUACGAUGUUGUUCAGAUCCCCAGCAAUGAUCCGAUAGAGGACGACCACGUCGAGAAGAUUGUGGAGGUACCGGACAGUACCGCUGCUGCUGGGGAUGGGAAGACCAGGUCAGACUGGAUGUUCUGGGGUGUAUUUGACGGGCAUGCUGGCUGGACGACAUCUGCAAAGCUGCGACAAACUCUUGUCUCGUAUGUGGCGCGGGAGCUGAACGCUACGUACAAGUCCGCGCUGCAGGAUCCUGCAGUCACGUUCCCGCCGGCCGAAGCAGUAGACGCGGCGAUCAAGAAGGGCUUCGUGAAGCUGGACAACGAAAUCACCCACGACUCGGUUCAGAAGGUGCUGAAGUCGCAGUCGAAAGUGGUGGCAGCUGAGAUACUGGCACCAGCACUCUCGGGAUCUUGCGCGUUACUCAGCUUCUACGACAGCCGCUCGAAGGAGCUAAAGGUGGCUUGCACCGGCGACAGCAGAGCAGUCCUGGGCCGAAGGGCAGGAAGCGGCAAAUGGACGGCGACCGCGCUCUCAGUCGAUCAGACCGGCGGCACGCCAUCGGAAGAGGCUCGACUACGGGCAGAGCACCCAGGCGAGCAAUAUGUCACCAUGAACGGUCGGAUUCUCGGAGGUCUGGAACCCAGCCGAGCCUUUGGCGACGCAGUCUACAAGUGGUCAAAGGAGACGCAGGAGAAGAUGAAGAACAACUUCUUCGGUCGUUCGCCGUCGAAGUACCUCAAGACGCCGCCAUACGUCACGGCAGAGCCUGUCGUUACGACUACAAAGGUUGAUCCUGCAAGUGGUGACUUUGUGGUCAUGGCCACUGAUGGGCUCUGGGAGAUGCUGACGAAUGAGGAGGUCGUAGGACUGGUUGGGCAGUGGCUGGAGAAGCAGGCCUCGACUUCGAAAACGACAAACUCAGGCAAUAACUCCUGGCUACAAUCGUGGUUCACCACACAGAAGGCCAACUCCUUGCCAGUCGAGCACCACGAUGAAGGUACUUCAAAGGGCCAGCGGGCGCCCAUCCGUCAGCAGCAGUGGGGCGUGCCAACCGGCCAGGAUGAACGUUUCGUGGUUGAAGACAAGAACGCUGCGACCCAUCUCGUACGCAAUGCUCUGGGUGGGAAAGACCAGGAUAUGCUGUCCGCUCUGCUAACACUUCCUGCGCCUUUCUCGCGCCGCUACCGCGACGACCUGACUGUGCAGGUUAUCUUCUUCGGCGAGAGCGAGGCUAACGGCAAGGUGGAGUUGAACAAGGAGGCUAGUGCUACUGCGAACGGCGGGAAUGGAAAUGGGAAUGGGGUCAAGGCGAAGCUGUAG